ACGAAGCCUUACCAUGAACGACGUGCAUGUGAAUUCUUUAUCGAUACAAACUGUCUAGCUUAUCGAAUCUUCAACGAUAACUUUCGCAGAGCAAAACAAAGAUUAAUCUCUCUGAUUAAGGAAGAAAUUGAACUCUAUAAAAGCGAAGAUCACUUUUGCAAGGUGAUCGAUCGACAUCGAUGGAAGCGAUUUCGAUCUCGAAGCGUUGUAUCGUUGUUCGUUUAACCUAACCGGGCCGAUCAUUAUUCAAUCUCACGGAUUAUGUACUUGUAGAACAUAGAAGGAGAAUAGAGACAGAGAGAAUUAAUUCAAUGAAUGUGGUGAAUUCGUUCAUAACAGUAUUGUCGAUUUACAAUUAGUCGCGUCAGUGUUGUGGAGGCGUUUGAUCAUCAGUGUGUUUCCUUUAAACACGUGUGUCCCAGUGUUCUGGCCUGGUUUAUCAGUUUCGCAGUAUCAACUGAUCGAUCGUGUUCAUUGUGAAAUUCAAAUUCAAUUAGAUCGAGUCCUCCGCGUCGCAUGCGCGCUGAAUGGCGACAAAGGUGUCGAAACGUAGCUCUGGGGGCGCUGGUUACCGUGCUGAAGCGUUCCCCACGAGUAAAACACGAGUACAACCAGGAACUGGCCUUCUUUGCUUCACCUGCAGCAUCUGUUUCAUUUUGAGCAUAAUCUGUACAUGCUUGGCCACGCUGUUGGUACUAAUCGAUCAGAAAGUCGAGGCCGCCAACUAUCAUUCCUUAUUGACCACGAUGAACACGGAAUCGGUGCUCAAGUUGUCGUUCCGGUUGCCAAAGGAAGUGAAACCGCUGCACUACGACGUGUAUUUGCAUCCAGAUCUCGAGAAGGGUACGUUUCAAGGUAAAGUCACGAUCCUGAUCGAUGUGCUCGAUCGAAGGAGUUACAUAGCGCUUCAUCAAAAGGACCUGAACAUCACGUCCACCGCGCUCAACACGUACGACCGCGAAGAGAACUUUGAGUUCGAGCUGUUGGAUCUGAUACAAAUACCAAAGUAUGAGAUGUUCGUGGUCCCGACGAAGAACGAACUUCACACGGGAUUAUACAACUUGAGUUUUGAAUUUAACGGCGCGCUGCAGCCUGACAAAAUUGUUGGAUUUUACUCGAGUAAAUAUAAAGACACGCAAAACAGAACCAGAUAUAUUGCAACUUCGAAGUUUGAACCGACUUACGCUCGGAGAGCGUAUCCCUGUUUCGACGAGCCAGCAUUCAAAGCAGAGUUUACAGUGAAGCUGGUUCAUCCUAUUGGAGAUAACUAUGGUGCCUUAUCCAACAUGAACGCAGAGUGUACGCAAAUAAAUCAACCAUCGCCAGGACUGACAACGGUGACAUUCGCGAAAAGCGUGCCAAUGUCGACGUACUUGUCCUGCUUCAUAGUCAGCGAUUUUAUUCCUUUAACACAAAUGGCAAAGGGACUGAAUGGCCGGCAAUUUCCGGUUAGUGUGUACACCACGAGAACUCAACAAGACAAGGCCACAUUUGCUCUUGAUAUUGGCGUGAAAAUCAUCGAAUAUUAUAUUGAUCUGUUUCGCAUUGAUUAUCCCUUGCCAAAGCUUGACAUGGCGGUCAUCCCCGAUUUUGUGUCUGGCGCGAUGGAGAACUGGGGCUUGGUUACGUACAGAGAGGCAAGAUUAUUGUACGAUAAGAAAACUGAUUCCAGCGCAAAAGGUUACGACGUCGUUACAGUUGUCAGUCACGAAUUUGCACACAUGUGGUUUGGAAAUCUAGUCACUAUGGCUUGGUGGAAUGACUUAUGGCUGAACGAAGGUUUUGCUUCUUUUAUGCAGUAUAAGAGCGCAGACGAGAUUCUUCCUGAUUGGGGACUGAUGGAUCUAUUCUUAAUCGAACAAAUGCAUUCUGUUUUCGUAAUCGACGCGAAACUGAGCUCUCAUCCUAUUGUGCAAACUGUUAGCAAUCCCGACCAGAUCACUGCGAUAUUCGAUGAAAUAUCAUACAAAAAGGGAUGCUCUGUAAUUAGAAUGAUGGAGAAUUUCAUAAAACCAGAAGUCUUCUACGGUGCUAUCUCCUCUUAUUUAAAUAAAUUUAUGUAUCAUAACGCAGAGACUGCUGACCUUUUCAAAAUAUUACAAGAAUCAUCACCGGAUAAUUUGAACGUGACAGCCAUAAUGGACACGUGGACAAGACAAAAAGGAUUUCCAGUUGUAAACGUGAAAAAGUCUGGGAAUAAAUACGUGCUGACGCAGAAACGAUUUUUGGCCAAUCCUGACGCUCAUUUUUAUCCUUCGAAAUCCAAAUACGGAUACAAGUGGACUAUUCCUAUCACUUAUAUCACGAACAAUACAUCUAAACCUACUCUUGUAUGGUUCGACAAAGACGCCAAAGAUUUGGUAAUUGAAUUCGAAGAACCAGUUGACUGGAUCAAGUUCAACGCAGAUGAAGUUGGAUAUUAUCGUGUUAAUUACGAGCCAACCGAGUGGAAUAUUCUUUAUAAUAUUCUUCAACAUCAGCAUAAGACAUUGUCAGUGUCUGACAGAGUACAUCUCCUAGAUGAUGUGUUCAGUUUAGCUAGCGCUAGUGAACUUGAUUAUGAAAUAGCUAUGAAUAUGACCACAUACCUAAAACAAGAAAAACACGCUAUUCCAUGGAGCGUGGCUACCUCAAAAUUAACAGCCAUCGACACCUUGCUGUCUUCGACUAUUUCCUCGUCCAAAUUCAAGAAAUACGUGAGAGAUUUGGUAGACGACGUGUAUCAUGAUGUAGGAUGGCAUGUGAGCGACACUGAUGAUCGUAUUUCUUUGAGGCUUCGAACAACAGUCUUGCGAUUAGCUUGUUUCGUGGAGCACGCGGAAUGUCUUAAAGAAGUUGGAGAAUUAUUUAAGAACUGGAUCCAAGAUCCCAACGACGUUCGACCGCAUCCUGAUAUUCGUGAUCACGUCUAUUAUUACGGUAUGCAUCAUGCUGGCAAUGAAGCAAUGUGGAGAAUCAUGUUCAAAAAAUUCACAGCCGAGACUGAUUCGACAGAGAAGCUAAAGUUAAUGCGCGGCCUCGCUGCGAUACGAUCCACUUGGAUUCUAAACAUGUUCAUCACAGCAGCCACAGACGAGAACUACGUGCGCGCCCAGGACUUCUUAGAGUGUUUAAUCGUUAUUUCAACCAAUCCUGUGGGAACACCGUUAGUUUGGGAUUGGGUUCGUUCCAAUUGGGAAUUUCUAGUAAACAGAUAUACUUUGAACGAUCGGUAUCUCGGCUCACUGAUCCCAUCAAUUACCAAAACGUUCGCCACCGAGACGAAAUUAAACGAAAUGGAAAGCUUCUUUGCCAAGUAUCCCGACGCUGGUGCUGGCGCAAUGAACCGCGCCAAAGCUUUAGAAACAGUAUCAAAUAACAUAAAAUGGCUGGCCAAGAAUAGCCGCAACCUGGAAAGUUGGUUGAACUCUCACGUACAAAAUAAUUGAACAGGUAAUUAUUAUUGUUGCAUUUCGCGCGAGAAGCAUUUAGAAUUCUGUUUCAAUCGACAGAAUUUGGAAAUAGAAAGGAAAUUGUAAUAUCGCGAAGGCGCAAAGGAGAAUAAAAUGCAGGUUUAUCUUUUAUUUUUCAUUUCUUUCACUUAAUUUUUUUUUUUUUGAAAGAAUUAUUGAAGAUUGUUAUUUCUCGCAAUCUUCAAGAAUUUAUUUCUGGUAAACUUAAAAGUUUUAUAAUAUAAAAAUUUACAAUGUUGUAAAAGAGAAACAUCAAUGCAAGAAUUUCUGCUGAAGGGA